AUAUUUUGUACUCUAACCUAUAAUAUGGUAUAUUCUCGAGGCAUUAUCCCCUUUCUAUAAAUGUAUAUCUAACGAACUGUCACGCGUUGUAUGUGAAAAAAGCAGUUUAUUAAAAUGUUGUAGAAGAAUGUAUCCGGCAAAUCAUAAAACUAUUUUUGUUUUGGAUCACACGCCAUAUUUUGGUAUAUCUACUGAAGCUCCAAUAGAAUUUGAUUUUCUAAAGAGUCGCGGUCAAAACUUAAUUCCUUUGGCACCUGUUUGUAAAUCUCUAUGGACCAGCAGUGUAGAAGCUUCACUUGAAUAUUGUAGAAUAGUGUGGGAUCUCUUCCCAACCGGAAAAUUGAUAAGAUUUGUUGUAACCGAUCGUGCAGCAUAUGUAUUGAACUCAUGGAGUCCAUCGCAACAAAAUUUAAAUCAUAUAAUGAAUGGUACAGCCAUUCUAGGAAUACCAACGAAGAUGCCAAAACCUGGAGAAGAUUAUUCAGUUAUACAUGGUUUGAGAGUAGCGAUUGAAACGCUUAACGAAUGCUCAGAAAUUCAACAUGACAAGAGAACAUCAUUAAAUGAGAAUACUAGUAAGCUUGUUAAUAGAGGAAGAGUGAUAUGUAUUACUAGUGCACGAGAUAAUAGCAACAUGAAAAACUUGGAAAAUAUAUUUUUGAAUGAGUUAACGCAAGAAAAUAAAUCUGCUUUAGCUUCAGAUCAUUUAAUACCAGUAGAUUAUUGCCAUUUAGUUAUACUGAACAUCUUCCCUAAUAAUAUUGAGUCACAAGUUACUAGUCAGGGACCAAGAGAGGUUUCGCCUAUGUUAACAGUAGAAGUACAUUCUAUCAAGGCACCUGCAUUACAUUCAAAAUUGUCUCACUUAAUUUUAUCUCACUAUGAUUUAGCUAGUACAACAGUAACCGGUAUACCAAUGAAAGAAGAACAGAAUGCUAGUUCUUCUGCAAAUUAUGACGUCGAGAUAUUUCAUUCUUCAGCUGCCCAUUCAGCAAUUUUAAAAGGAAAUCCACAAGAUUCUGCUUUAAUUAAAACAUUUAGAAGAUUCGAAGAAGGAUCAGAAUAUGAAACAGUAACUUUGAAGUGGUGCACACCACGAGGGUGCAGUGCAGCAGAAAUGCAAAACUGCACAGCCAUGCAUAGAAUCACACCUGUAGAUGUAAAUAGUAGACCUUCCUCUUGUUUGAUCAACUUUUUGCUGAAUGGUAGAUCAGUAAUGUUGGAAAUGGCCAGGAAGAGUGGUGGAAAAACUAUUUCUCAUUUACUCGCUGCACAUGGUGGAGAAAUUUUUAUACAUACAUUAUCAACUGCUAGAAGCGUAUUAGAAGAUCCACCUUCUAUUAGCGAAGGCUGUGGUGGCCGUGUCACUGAUUACAGAAUAACUGAUUUUGGAAGAUUGAUGCGGAAUAAUGUAUUGGUGCCUUUAAAAAGAAGUACAAACUGUAAUACCGAAGGUCCAGCAGAAAAGAUGAGAUCUAGAUUAGAACGACAUACGAAAUAUUGGCCAAUUACUAUUUCUAGUACACUUAUGUUCAAUCUGAAACAGUUAAUAGAUCCAUUGCCAGAUUUAAUGGUAAAGGAAGAACUUACUGCAGAGGAGGUUGUACAGUGCAAACAGGUGAUCUUCAGUUUAUUGCAAUUAGAAGCAAAACACGAAACCUUACCACUACCAAGUAUAGGAGGUGGCCGUGGUGGGAAAGGUGGUGUACGCAGGGAAGAACACUACAGGCUGCUGUGGGGAGAAUUAGAAACAUUCUUAAAGCACCACUCGAAUAAUUCUGCUGCGCAUUCUGAAGUUCUAACUUGUCUCCUCGAAGUGCGAAGCAAAGACGACAAAGAUAAAGUCGAAUUGGAUCAGGCGUUGCGCGAAUUAGAUGGAUUUGGCAAAGAAGAUGUAACUGCUCGAGCUAGCGUAAUAAGAGCAACAACCGAUUCACCGAUGUCGCCACCGGCAAGUACAUCAAUGUCACUCGGGAAACAACUCCACAAGGGUAGUCUCCAUGCGCCUAAAAGUUUGUUAGACAUUUGGUUGCAAAGAAGUGGACCUAAGGAGAAGAAACCUGAUUUCCAUGGAAGAGUGAAUAGUGAUGGUCCCAAGGCAAAACUAUAUCCCAACUUAAAAGAGACUGGGCGAGAGCCACGCGAGCCUAUCUUGGAAGGCUAACGAUUUGAUUCGAGAAAUUUUAAUGAACCAUACGCGUAUAAUAUUAGUUAUAAUAAUUAUUAUUUGUUAUCUACCAUUGAUCGUAAUGGAUAAUGCGUUACAAUACUUUUGACCAGGAACAAAUAACAAUUUCUUAAGCUAUAACUGGUCUACUAGUUUCCUUAUACCUAGAACAUCAACUAUCCUGCAUCAUCAUGUUCCAGAGUGCUACUCAUCCCGCAUACUGAUUCGCCAAUAGAUAUAAGUGUACCUAGAAGGAACGUUUAGUGCGCUUCAAGGAGUGGAGCAAAUUCGACGAGAUUCUCGGUACAGGAGCACAAAGACACAGUUGCAGGGGUUGCAACGUGACCGAUGCUAUCCAAUGGAAAGAGAUACGCGAGGCGAUGCACCUGCGCCCGAAGAUAUGUGCGAGUAACAGCGCGAAAGUGUAUCAGUGGUACAACGAAAGCGAUCCACUCCGACUCUCAUCCCCGCGUCCUUCGUCCCUCGGCGUUUUACAGCGGCAGACACGUCUGCCGGGUGUCUGAGCCACUGCGAUACGUUGACCUCCAUCGAAACUAUAGCUCUCUAUCGUCUCUCCCUCCCCGGCUGGAAUUCCGCCGCUAAUCGAUGGAAGGAAGGAGGAAGGUAUGCUUGCUGCUGCACAUAAUAUAAUGCGAGCACGAGAGGACGGGGGAAAAGAGAGACGGAGACAGAAUCGACGGAUGAGGAGAAGCACACAGAGGGAAAGAGAGGCGGAAGGGGAUCGGAGAGUACAAGUGCGUGACGUAAUGGUUCAUUCAUCCCGAGACAGACGAUAUCCCGGUCAAUGGUAUACAUAUAUACAUAUACAUAUACAUAUACACAUAUAUAUGUAUAUAUAUACUUGUAUAUACACAUAUACGCAUCUCUAUGUAUGAUUCGUUUCGAUACAUACGUGCAUGUGUAUAUGUGUGCUACAUCUACGUACCUAGGAAUCUGCGUGUGUAUGUGUCACGUGAAAUGCACACGUGCACGUGCUGUUCUGCUCGUUCGUCUCGCUUUGAUUUGCUCGUUCCUCGCUUCGGCCAGUUACAGCCGUAUCCCCGGCUUUCCUUUCCUCCGUCGUGUUUCGGAUAAAUCAGUCGCGGGGACGUCAUCUGCGUGAACUGACCUUGGCACGUCGGUCCGCCCGUGGAUAUGGAUUUUUCUUAUCGACGCUGCUUGUUACGACUCAUCUUACGCAAUUAUUAUGGUACCUAUUGUGAGAAGUUGAAUAAUCGAGACACGAUACGUGAAACAAUUAAAACGCUACCCUCGUGUUUAAUGCGACAACGGUACAAGUGUUAGGAUUGAAAGAAUAGAUUGCAUAAUGCGAUACCAAUUGUCAUUAUGAUUGAUAAUAUCGGGCUUAUUGAAAGGAGAUUGUUCCUUUAUCCUUCCUUAAUAAAAUGUCUUUCUAUGAAGGAUUUGUUGGUCAAAUAAUUGAUUAAGAAUUUAUUAAUUACUUAAUUUUGUAAAUAAUGAAUAAUAUUAAAACUAGUUGAUAGUCGAUUAAUUACUUGUUACUAAGAAGAAAGAAAGGACGGAAGUAACUUGCAUCCUAAAUUUCUAUUUUAUUCGAGAAUUGGAUAUUUUAUUAGCGAUUAGAGGAUGAUUCGGUUAGUUGAAAUUAUUCUAUCGCGAUGCGUUUGAUAUUCUCGCCGGGAAAUUCGCGCCGCGACGCAGUCGGAAAAAUAAAUUAGAUAGAAUUAUUGAUCCAGAGCUUACACACAGCUGUGUGCAGGUGGUAGCGUGAAGAAGAGUCCGCCGUUUAUAAUUUACCUCGCCUAUCUACCCCAAAUAUCGAUCCUGACAAAGGGUCACUGAACGAACAACGGUGAAAAGAGAAACAUGCCGCGUAGUCUGGCUAAUAAUCAUCAAUGUCACUCGCUAAUUACCGAUGCUAACAUCGUAAAACAUCAAAGAAAAAGUUUCGCUAGAAAUUCGGUAAAAAAUGAUCCAAACGCCGGUUCGAUGACCGCUUAACUUCAGCUUUUAAUAAAUAGAAUAAGCGUCCCUUAGUCAACGUAAUUAAAAAAUAUCACAUAUUUUUCGAAGAUUAUUGCGUUGCUACUGCUAGGCCAUUUCGUAAAUAAUGUAAUUUAACAUUUUAUUUUGAUGUACUGUAAAUCAUGAUUAAGCGAGAUCGUAAUU